AUGGGCUUCUUCAAGAAAUCCGAUAAGAACGAUGGCGACGAUGACAACAACCGCCGUGCGCUGUUCGGCUCCCGCAAGAACAAGAGUCCUCCACAGAACUCAAACCCCUACGCCCAGCCUAUUCCCACAGACCCUUACACCAAAGCCAAGAUAAACGCUGGUGUGGCACCUAUGCCCGACCAGUCUGGCGGCAACGGGCCCCACAACAUCCCAUCGGACAACAAGUACUCCGGCUACACUCCUAACGCCUACGGUAAUCAAGGUGGAUAUGGCAGUGAUCGCUUCGGUAGUGGCAGCGCCGGCGCUGGCGCCGGAGCGGCAUCCCGGUAUGGUUCCGGUGGCUACGGAGGAUUGGGUAGCUCCGACCCCAAUGAUCCCAACGCCGGGGAUGCGGCGCGCAAUGAACUGUUUGGAGGCGCCAGGGACCGCGCUCAGCGCCCAGGUGGCGCUGCGCCGCCUCCCUACAGCGAGGGAGGACAGGGGAAUCAACCCGCUUACGGUGGCGGCAGCAACGAAUACAGCAUGGCCAAGUUUGAGGACCGCCAGCUGACAGCGGAGGAAGAGGAAGAGGAGUCUGUCCAGGCGACGAAGCAGGAGAUGCGCCACGUUAAGCAAGGCGAUGUUUCAUCGACUCGGAAUGCUCUUCGGGUGGCGGCCCAGGCUGAGGAGACAGGUCGGACUACUCUGGCUCGUCUGGGUGCUCAGGGUGAGCUGGUCCACGGUGCGGAGCAGAGCUUGGAUAUGGCUACAGUUGAGGGACGUCUCGCUGAGGAGAAGGCACGAGAAUUGAAGACAUUGAACAAGAGCAUGUUCGCUGUGCACGUGUCCAAUCCGUUCACCAGUGCCUCGCGCCGUCGGGAGCGUGAUGAGCGGAUCCUCAACACCCACCGUGAGGAGCGCGAUGCUCGCGAUGGUACCCGAUCGGAAGCCUUCCAGAGCAAUGCCCGAAUGGAUCGGAUGUUCCGUGAUAUCGACCGCGAGGCUUCGAAGCAACCCAAGCCCAAGAAGGCCAGUGUCACCGAGCGUGCCAAGUACCAGUUUGAGGCCGAUAGCGAAGAUGAGGCCAUGGAAGAUGAGAUUGAGCAGAACUUGGAUCUUCUCAGUGGUGCCGCCGGUCGGCUGAACGGUUUGGCCAAGGCCACUGGUCGUGAGCUUGACGAGCAGAACCGCCACUUAGAGCGCAUCACAGGCAAGAGCGACUACGUCGACGACCAACUUGCCAUGAACCGGGCCAAGUUGGACCGGAUCCGUUAA